AUGCCUACUAGUAAACAUCCUCUUAGUCAAUUUAUAACUGAUGUGGUAGAUAAACCACAAGUUUUUUUUACGACCAACCAGAAAUUAGCAGAUAAUGCACUUGCUAUUGCAAAACACUUUUAUGAUGAUGGUAAAUUUGUCAACUCAAAAAAAGUGGAAACGUCUCAACUAUCACCGUUUACAGAGCUGUUUGUAGAAGGGUUCGAUACGGAUCAAGUGUGGGAGGAACUUGUAACUCAAAACGAACCCUUUUUAGAUUAUGCAUCGUCCAAGUUAAAAUCUUUUAGCAAAAAAGAGACAUCGCCAUCACUACCACAACAACAAAGAGAUACAACUGAUGAUGAAAGCGAAAGUGUGUCUGGUCAGUCGAUGGAUGUAGACCAUGAGGAAGGUUUCCAAAGUGAAGAAGAGGAUGAAGAAAUGAAAGAAUCAGAGGAUGAUGAACCAUUAGAAAGUAAUGGAGAGAGUUCAGAUGUUGAAAAAGAGGAUAAAGAUGAAAUAGAAGAAGAAGACGAUUAUAUACCCAAGAAAAAGACUUCAGAAGUAGAUGAUGAUUUCUUCAAUUUGGAAGAAUUUAAUAAAUGGACAGAUGAACAAGAAAGACUCGACAUGUUGUCCGAUCGUGAAGAGGAUGACGAUGAUGUUGAUUUUGAUCAAGACUUGGAUGAAGAAGAAGAAAGUCAAGAUGAAGAGGAUGACGAGGAUGAUGUUGUUCAAGCUGCUGAAAUGACGUUUGAUGAUUUCUUUGGCGACCGAAAAACGAUUGAAAAGAGAAGAAAAGCCGAGGCUUCAGUUGAAAAGAAAGUUCAAUUCGAGAAAGAGGAGGAGGAAGAAGAGGCAGCUGAAAAGCCAGGCUCGGAAAUAGAAGAGGACGAUGACGAUAGAAUGGAGAGUGAUGAUGCUUCAGAGGGACCUGCAAGGGAUCUCUUUGCUGACGAGGAUGCCUCGGACAAGUCUGAUAAUGAAGAAGAAGAAGAAGACGAAAAGUCAGCUUUCCAGAAACAACAGGAACGGAUUCAACAACAGAUUGAACAGUUUGAACAAGAGAAUAUCCAAGGUAGACAUUGGACAUUACAAGGUGAAGCAACGGCCAAGGCAAGACCUGUCAACAGUCUUUUGGAGGAAGAUCUCGAAUUUGAGCAUGCCAAUAAACCCGUUCCUGUGAUUACUCAAGAGACCACCAACACACUAGAAGAGAUGAUCAAAAAGCGUAUUUUGGAUAAUAUGUUUGAUGAUGUGGAGCGUAAAGUAGACCCCACGCUGAAGCCGUUUGUGCCCUCCAAGAGAGUCGAGCUGAGUGAUGAGAAGUCCAAGCAAUCUCUUGCAGAGAUCUACGAAGACGAUUUUAUCCAUCAGCAGGCAGGAGAACAAAAGAAGGAUGCGCGUGACGAAGCUUUAGAGAAAGAACAUGAUGAGAUCACACACAUGUUCAAUGACCUCUGCUACAAGUUAGACGCACUUUCCAACUUCCACUACACACCCAAGGCAGUCAAACCUGAAAUGACGAUUGUCAGUAAUGCAGCAGCGAUCAGUAUGGAAGAAGUGACGCCAGUGAAUGUAUCAGAGGCAACCUUAUUAGCACCGGAAGAAGUGUACGACAAGAAGCGUACAGAAUUGAAAUCAACGACAGAGAUGGACCAAGCAGAAAGAAAGCGUCUAAGAGCGCAAAAGAAAAAGUUAAAGAGAAAGGAACGCGAGAUGAAGGAGAGAGAAAUCAAGGUGAUGCAAAAGUACAAUCCUCAAAUAGGACAAAAGCAAGCCAAGGUGAAGGCCGUCAAGCAGUUACUGGGUCAGAAAAAUGUUACUGUUAUUGGCAAAGAAGGCCAACAACAAAAGAAAAAGUAA